GGGCUGGGUCCGCACUCCCUCUUGUAGGUAUGCCGAAAGGUUGAGUACCCACUCCCUUUCAUAAGACAUAUUGGGAAUAGGGACGCUCCAAACCCCCAGCUCUGAAAAGAUCUUGUCAGAUGAGGGGGCGGGGAGAGCCCCUGGCAUCCCUGGGGGUCUCCAUGUUGCCAGGGGAGGUGCUCUGAUUGACUUCAGGAUACCAGAGUGGAGGCUCUGCUCCUGUUGUGCAUGUAUGCUAUUCAGGAUAUGAACACACACUCACAUUAUAUCUUAAAUAGAAAAGUAGAGUAAUGCCUCCCAAAAGACCACUACUAAAGCGUCGCAGGAGCUCCUAUGACUUUUUUGAGCUAAACACACCAAAAGAAGAAAGGAAGGAGUUAAGGGAUAAGUGGAAAUUAAUGUCACCAGAGGAAAAGAGCCCUUAUCAGAUAAUGGCUGAGAAAGAAGAUGAAAACUAUAAAAACAAGCGGUCGUCGGGUAAAUAUGUAAUACAAUCCACUGGCAGUGGCAAGGAGAGGACCAAUGAUCAUGAGAUGAAACUCAGGAAGAAGAGACCUCGUGAUGUGGCUGAGACCUAUGCCCAAUCAUCCUCAUCAACCGAUGUCCCAUCAUCCAAACCGAUCGGCAAAGGCAAGAGAAGGGCCAAAGACGGAGGUGCUUGCGGAGGUGGUGGAGAUGGUGGCGCAAGCCUAUCCAAGAAGGCAAAACCUGUAGCGAAAGUUGAAGACAUAGAGGAAGAAGGAGAAGAGGAGGAGGUGGCGUAGCAUAAUCGUCAAUGUUCAUAUGACAAUCCAAUCUGUUUGCUUUAUAGUGUAUUGGAAAAUUCCGUAUUAUUCGAAUUUGGUCAUAAAACUGCUUGAACAUUCAUUUAUCACCCAUAAUUUGGCGAUAUAUCUAUGGCUUUCACAAUGAUUUGGUAUAAAUGUAAACCAUCAUGAGACGACACACAUGAUAACUUAGUAAAUUGUCUCCUUAGCUCAAAUGUCAAGGUCACACUUAGAGGCAUAAGGCCAUAAAACUGCUUAAAAAUUUCUUUCUCAGCCAUAAUUUUGCAAUAUAUUGAUCGAUUUCAAAAUAACUUGGUACAAAUUUAAACCAUCAUAAAAGGACUUGUCCUUUGAAACACCCAACCUAAGUUCAAAGUCACACUUACAGAUCAUUUGUCAUUAAACAGCUGGUCCGGAUUGGACCUUUGUCAUUCAUCAUGCAAUUUUUAACUGACUUAACACAAAUCACCACCAUAAGGUGACGCCGUGUUGUGUGUGUCAUCAUUCUUUUACCUCAAUGGUCAGUCACACUUAGAGGUCAACAGUCAACUUUGGCCAUUAAAUUAUGUUUAGUUAGUGAAAUUUUGACACGACAGCGGAAUGUAGGAGCAUUCGUGCCUUAUUCACACAUGCCUUGUUCUGUUGAGAAUUUUAACAGAUUUUGUCAUUUAUUAUUUGAAUACUUUUAUAUGAUUGUCAGUAGAAAUGAACAUACCAAUGUAGUCAAAUUGGUAAAUACAAAAUUGAGAAAUCUGAAUACAUGUACUCAAAAACAAAAUGCAAAGCACUUUAUAGUAAAUUGUGUUUUUUUGAAAUGUUUGCCUAGUGUAUAUUUUAUAUUCAAUGAUGAAAAUGAACAAUGAUACAGUACAAACAUUUCUUUAUGCAAAUUCAUUAUAUUAUUUAAAUAAGACAUAAUUAAUGUCCUAAAUCUAUGUUACUUUUACUGCUUUACAACUUGACACUGCAAAAUUUCUUAUCUUAAAAUAAUGAACAAGCAAUAUACAUAUAGCAAUAAUAAACAACUAACCCGUCUGAUUGAAAUUGA